AUGGAGACGGCCCAGGUCGAGCAGUUCGGCGACGAGAUGAUGACGAACAUGAUCGCCGAGUUCGAGCGCCUGGGCCAGAAGGAGGACUUCAACCAGAUCGUCGAGAACAUGAUGCGCCAGCUCCUCGCGCGCGACCUCAUGUACGAGCCCAUGAAGCUCGUCUGCGACAAGUACCCCGAGUGGCUCGCGGAGAAGUACGAGUCGCUGAGCAAGGAGGAGUACGUGCGCUACGGCACGCAGUACCAGUACUUCCAGCGCGUCGUCGCCGUCUACGAGACGGAGCCGGACAACUUCCCGCGGCUCAUGGAGCUGCUCCAGGACCUCCAGAAGUACGGCCAGGUGCCGUCGGAGAUCAUCAAGGAGCUCGCGCCGGCGCUCGAGUUCGGCGCCGACGGCAUGCCCGUCAUGAACAUGGGCGACAACUUCUUCCCCAAGGAGGGCGCGGUGCCGGGCAUGCCGGGCCUGCCCGUGCCCGACGCGGACAGCGCCCAGUGUAGUGUCAUGUAG